AUGUUAGAAAAAGAUGAUACCACUGUCUCUGGCAGCCUUCCUUCAACUAGCUAUAAUGUAGCUGCAUCAGAGACAUUUGUUGAUGAUGACUCCAGCUUCGACAGCAUCCAGUUUGGAGUCAAGCAGGCCGAGGCAGUUGCCGCAGCCUGGUCUCGACAGUCACUCGUCAUAGCCUACAUCGGGGUGUUCGUAGUGUUCUUCGUCAACUCCCUGCAGCAGCAGAUGGCCAGCAGUCUUAACCCUUACGUGACCAGCGCCUUUUCCAAGCAUGCUCUUCUAUCCUCCAUCUCAGUGGUGUCAAGCCUUGUUGGAGCCAUCAUGAAGCUUCCUGUCUCUAAGAUUAUUGAUAUCUGGGGACGCACUGAAGGAUAUUUGUUGAUGGUUGCCUUUUGCGUCCUGGGCAUGAUCAUGAUGGCUACAAGCAACUCUAUUGAGGCAUAUGCAGCAGCCCAGGUCUUCUACUGGAUCGGUAAUAAUGGCAUGGCUUAUGUCCUCGACGUCUUCCUGGCAGACACAUCCAGUCUCAAAAACAGGGGAUGGCUUCUUGCCUUCUCUACUAGCCCCUUUAUAGCCACUACCUUUGCCGGCCCUGCAUUAGCACAGGCAUUCCUCAAGUCCUACGGCUGGCGGUGGGCGUUUGGCGCUUUUGCCAUUAUCAUUCCAGUUGCCUCGCUGCCAAUGGUAGCUAUCUUCCUCCACAGCAGCUAUAAGGCCGUGAUGAUGGGAUACUUGAAAGGAGGCAGGUCUGGCCGUUCUUUCUGGCAGAACGUUGUCCAUUACACAGUUCUCUUUGACGUUAUCGGGAUGAUUGUUCUUGUUGCCGGGCUUACUCUUUUGCUGCUCCCGAUAAACUUGGCUACUUACCAGGCUGAGAAAUGGAAGUCUCCCGCCAUGAUAUCUAUGAUUGUUAUCGGUGGCUGCUGCUUGCCUGCCUUUGCCAUAUGGGAGAUUCGUUUCGCCAAGGUCCACUUUGCUCCGUUCCAUCUCUUGACCGACAGGACUGUGUUUGGAGGCUGUCUCCUGAGUGCUACCCUGUUCCUCAGUUUCUACUGCUGGGAUUUGUACUUCCUGUCAUACUUGCAAGUAGUCCACAACCAAAGCAUCCGCAAUGCAGGCUACAUUGCAAACAUCUUCAACAUCGGAGGAUGCAUCUGGGCCCUUGUAAUUGGAGCCAUCAUCCGCGCAACCGGACGCUUUAAGCCAUUUGCCCUCGUUGCUGUCCCCCUCCAGGCGCUCGGAGUCGGUCUCAUGAUCGCAUUCCGUCAGCCAGGCUCUCACAUUUCUCUAGUGAUCGUCUGUCAAUGCAUCAUCGCCAUCUCUGCCGGCACCCUGCAGAUCUGUGAACAGAUAGCGGUCAUGGCAGCAGCUAGUCACAGCGAAGUAGCAAUUGUCCUAGCUUUGCUUGGCCUGUUCAGCAACAUCGGUGGAGCAAUUGGCCAGACCGUCGCGGGGGCUAUCUGGAGCCACACCAUCCCGGAGCAGCUGGAGGCCUUGCUUCCAGAUAACGCAAAGGACCAAGCUGCGGCAAUUUAUGCAUCUCUAACUACCCAACUUGGCUACCCCGUGGGGUCGCCCAUCCGUAAUGCCAUCAUCGCCGCCUACGGUGAAGGCCAGCGUUGGAUGCUAGUUGCGGGGGUUGGCGUCCUUGCCCUAGCUAUGUCAUCGGUCGUCUUGUGGCGAAACAUCCAGCUCAAGAACGUUCACCAGGUCCAGGGUACCAUUGUCUAA